AUGUUGUCUCUGGGGCUUGCACUCCUAUUACCCACCGCUGGUGUCUCUGCGUCACCUGCCUCUCAGAGUGUUAAGUCAGUAUGCUAUCAGAUAGCUGACGCUGUCUCGAGCGCCUCAAAUGUGUAUUACCCUUUGUCGAUUCAGUACACGGAGGACAUCGAACACUGGGCUGGAUCUAGCACUCAGAAGGCUACUUGCUCGGUAGAGCCUGGUAAUGCCGAGGAUGUCGGGAAGAUCCUUCAAAUCGUCGGGUCAACAAGCACUCCGUUUGCGAUUAAAGGUGGCGGCCAUGCUUCGAACGUCGGCUUUUCGUCCACCACGGGCGUACAGAUAUCCAUGACCCGCUUCUCAAACGUCACUCUCAGCACAGACUCGGGCACCGUCGAUGUCGGUGCAGGUCUCGUGUGGGAUGAUGUGUACUCAGCAUUGGAUGGCAGCGGUGUAAACGUCAUUGGUGGCCGUGUUCCGGGAGUAGGAGUGUCUGGUUUCACGCUCGGAGGUGGCUAUUCCUGGAAGACUAGCCAGUACGGGUUGACAAUCGACAACAUCGCCGCAUACGAGCUGGUGCUCCCUAAUGGCACAGUGACGACGGUAACAGACGAAGAUACCGAUCUGUGGUUCGCUCUGCGCGGCGGCUUCAAUAACUUCGGCAUCGUUACUAACUUCAAGCUCAAGACUGUCCCGCAGACAGAUGUCUGGGGCGGACUUAUCACGCUCACUGUUGACCAGCUGUCGAAGGCCAGCGCCGCCAUCGCAGAUUUCUCACAGAACAACACGGAUAAGAAAGCCGCCAUCCUCCCCACUUACAACUCGGUUCUCGGUGUACCCGGCAUGUCAUUAAUUCUAUUUUACGACGCCCCCACGGCCCCUAAGGGCUUCUUCGAUGCCUUCACCUCACUCCCUCACUUCACCUCGGAUGUCAAGACGCGCAAGUACGCCGACCUCGUCUCUUCCAUCCCAUCUGACAAUCCACUCGAGGGUCAACGCGCCGCAUUCAUGACCGCAUCUGUGGAAACCUACACCCAGACCAUGCUUGAGUUAAUUACGAACAUGACCGUCAAAUACGGUCAACAACUUUCCCUCCUUGAUACUGCACCGUUCAUCUCCUUUGAUGUCGAGCCGUUCGAUCCCGCUCUUUUCUCUUACGGUUCCGAUUCGGCAUACCCACCUGGCCGUUCGCGCGGUCUCAUGCCGACGAACCUAUACUUUUCUUGGGAACUCUCGAGUCUCGACGACAAAGUCCACAGCAUCAUGAAGACGAUCGCCAACGAAAUCACCGCACAAGCCGUGGCCGAGGGUCAGGAUGUCGCGGAUGCUUUCAUAUACGGCAACUAUGCGCUCGGCGACACAUCCCGUGAGAAGAUCUAUGGAGACAACGUUGCGAGGCUCCAGUCAAUCCAUGAUGCUAUUGAUCCUGACAAUGUUAUGGGUCUGGCGGGAGGCUUCAAGUUCUAA